AACAGCUCGACUUGUUUUUGAUAUUUCUACUGAAAGGCGGCGAUGAGUGAAGAGAGCACGAAGAUGGAGACGAAGGAAGGGAGCAACUUGUUGGGCUCACCUACCUUCACACAGCUCGAAAAUGGCAGGUUCAAGUGCCUUGAGAGUGGACACGAAGUGUUAGCCAAAGACAAAGAAUCCUAUUCACACAGUAAACGCUGCCGUUUGGGUCUGAUAGACUUUGCUCUAGCCAACAACAAACCCCCUCUCAACAUGUUCAAGCAGGACCCUCUCUCUCGUUCAAAGUUGAUAUGUAAAUUAACUGGGGAUACUGUCAACAAGUCUGAGGAACAUAUUUGGAAGCACAUCAAUGGGAAGAGGUUUCUUAACAAAUUAGAGCAAAAGGAAAUGGAGAAAUUGGAAUCCAAUGGACUGGUAGCGGAGGAAGUUGAGGAAGAAUUGAAGUCGAGCCAGGAUGGUGCUAAGAAAAAGAAAAAGAAUAAGAAGAAGCAAAACAAGGUUGAGGAAAUUAUUUCUCAAGUAAGGGAUUCUUCUGAUAAGGACAGUGAUUUGGAAGAAACUGAUUUCUGGAUUCCACCUGCUGGAGAACGCUGGGACUUUGACGAUGGAGGAGAUCGGUGGGGUUCUGAUGCGGAGUCCGAGCACGAAAGCCAGGAAGAAAAUCCAGCAGAUGAUGCAGUCGAAGAUAAUGGCGAGGAAUCAAAAGAGCUCUCUACGCGGGCUAAGAGAAUGUCAAUUGAAAUUGGACCCAGCAGCUAUGCUUCUAGAAAGAAGAAGAGCAAGAAGGACCCUGCAAGUUGAUCGGCUCAAAUACAUGUGUCCUCACUUCUGAGAGAUUGUAAAACAAAGUAUUUGGACUGUUACCAGUUUGCAAUGUCAAAAAGUAAGUCAGUGUUAGGAACUAGAGAACUCGAUGUCUCCAAAUUGGUAUCCACCUUAAAGAUUUUCCUUGCGAUUGGUUUUUUUGUCUAGUAAAUUAUAUGAAAAUCACUUUGAAGUUUUGUUUGA